AUGGCGACCAAGAGAAAGUCCCUGGCACUUGAGAGGCCAGAGGAUGAGCAAUCCGAGGGCAAAAAAUCAAAGUUGAUCCAGAUAAAAGGCCAGGUCAGGCAUACGCUUCUACAACAGCACUAUGAUGUCGUGCAGACACUUCGCGGGUACCUGCUUUCUAAACUGCCAGGGUCUUCGAGACUUCGCCGCAAGAAGAUUGCAGCGUUGGGAAAAGACCAGGCACGGUGGGCACGCAUUCAAGACCACGACAUUGGACCAGAGCUUUCUUCGUUGUUAGACACAACCUUGGUCUGCACGCAACACCGCCCCAAGGCACAAGCUGACUCUCGGUGGGCGCAAUGGCGGUCCUUCUCUCAGAAAGCCGACGACUCGGUUGUGUCUCUCUCGGGAGGUUUGGCCCAAGCUACUUCCUCGCAGUCAGAGAUCGUUGACUUUGUGGUGUGGCAAAUAUUCAACAGACACGCUGCUUGGCCGAAGCACCUCCUCUGCGAUGGGUUCAGGAGGCAGGCUCAGAACAUUGCCAACGCAAAAGGCCACGGUCGCGAUAGCGGAAUUCAGGGGCUGAUCGCAGUUGACCCGAAUCACUACGUGCAGGCUCUAAAAGAAGCCCCUUGGCCACAAGUACUUAUGCUGCUCGGGAAAUCAGGCGAGCAGAUCAUGAUAGAUCUCCUCAUUGAUACGGCGAUAUUUCUCCCAGUGAGAGCUGGUCACGGCAAUAUGUACCAGCUCAGUGGUAUCCCCAUGUCAGAGACGGGCAUAGCCGCGAAGCAGGACAGCAAGAAGCAGACAAAAGGAGAUGCCACAACGCCGCCACCCAUACCUCAGGAGCGGCUCCCGUCUGAAAUCAACCUUAUCAGAAAUCGCAUGUUCUACGCUCGAGCUGCUCUCACCGCUAAGGGCACGGUUCAGUAUGGACUGCGGCACAUACAACAGGCAACCGAAGAAGAGAGAUCAAGAACCACACAGGCGAACGAGCGCAACACGCUGAAAGUCAUGAUGUAUAUCUUCCCUCGACAGUUCGGCCUACACAACGCCUUCACCUCCAAAGUUGACCACUCCAAGACGUCGCAAAAGUUUGCAGACUAUACUCUCCGCGAAGACGAAAUCUCGUCAACGUUCAAGGGACGGGAUAUCAAGCUUCCAAAGAGGCUGCGCGGAGACACAAAACGACUGGUGCAGAGGCUACAACUUCUCCACGGUCGGUGCGCUUACGCUGAGAUACUGCGGCAUUACUGUCCUUCUGCUGUUGACUUCAAAUCCCGGAACUCUGUCCCAAAAAAGCCAGUGAAGCAGUCCAAGACACUUGAUCCUGCACCGGUGGCGGGAAGAGACAACCAUACAGCUGUUACAUCUGGUGCCCCCAGAAAUAGCACACAUAGCCGCCCCAAGCUUCACCAACCCGCGGCGCCUCCGCUACUGCCCACGUUUGAUGCGAUCACUGACUUGGCAACUCCCGCAGCUCAUGUUUCCGCAUUCUGUCAGGCUGUACUGGCCAAGAUCAUACCAGAUGAGAUGUGGGGCACUGGUGAAGGCGGAACUUACAACAAGAGUCAAAUACUGAGGAAAGUCGAUCACUUUGUCAAACUGCGGAGGUUCGAGGCCAUAUCCCUCUGUGAGCUCGCAGACGGGCUCAAGAUUACCAGUAUGGAGUGGCUGGCGCCUCCAGGUCUCAAAGGCCAGAAAACCAGCUUGACUGACAUGAAGAAACGGCAUGAGAUUAUGAACGAAUUUUUGUACUACAUUUUUGAUUCGCUGUUGAUACCCCUUUUGCGCAGCAACUUCUACAUCACAGAGUCGAGCUCUCACCGCUACCGUCUCUUUUUCUUCCGGCAUGACGUUUGGCGAUACGUCGUAGAACCAGCAAUGGGGAGUCUUCGAAAAAACAUGUUUGAGGAGAUCAAGCUUGACCAGGCUACCGCAAUACUCGACUCCAGGCGGCUGGGCUUCAGUCGUAUCAGGCUUCUGCCCAAAGGAAAGGGUAUGCGGCCGAUCACGAACCUGCGAAGGCGAACAGAGAUCAGGGGCAGGAGCUCUGUUCUCGGCCCAAGUAUAAACACUGUACUGGGCCCGGUACAUUCCAUGCUCAAGCUCGAAACGCAAAGCAAUCCCUCCAGGCUCGGAUCAUCCAUGUUUUCGGUGGGUGAUCUCUACCAUCGCCUAAAUGCCUUCAAUGCCAGAUUUGGCGACCAUCGGCCGGUAUUCUAUUUUGCCAAGGUAGAUGUGCAGUCUGCCUUCGACACCAUCCCUCAGGAGGCUGUGAUCAGGCUGAUGGACAGCAUUCCGAAUGAAGAACAAUACAUCAUCAAGAAGCACGUCGAAGUAAAAGCCGGAUUACUGGAUUCUCGGCAUCAGAAGAAUGCUGUAUCAACAGUCACGCGGCGGUGGCAUUCCAUCGCCGUCACCCGCAACGAUACCACUGACUUUUCGCAGCUGGUGGAGGGGCGUCUCGGCAUAAACCGCAAGAACACCGUAUUCGUGGGAAACACCAUGAGAAAGGAGCUAGAAACGGACGCGCUGAUGGCUCUGAUGGCAUCGCAUAUCAAGCAGAACCUCGUCAAGGUGGGCAAGAAGUUCUACAGGCAGAAGAAGGGUAUCCCCCAGGGCUCUGUAUUGUCUUCCGCUCUGUGCAACUAUUUCUACGCCGACCUCGAGGCGCAGCAUCUGUCGUUCCUGUCUGAAGGGGAGGAGCAGGGAGAGGAGGGUGGAGAAUGCCUGCUCUUGAGGCUGAUUGACGACUUUCUUCUCAUCACGACGGACCAGGCCAAGGCACGCAGGUUCGUCCGGGUCAUGCAUGGCGGACUACCCGAGUACGGCGUCGCUGUCAGCCCCAACAAGACCUUGGUCAACUUUGACAUGGACUUUGACGAUCGAGGUCAUAUCAAAGAUACAGUGGUUUCCAAUGCGUUGACAGUGGACUACGGGAACAAGCCCGGUCAGAAUUUCCAAAGAAGAGUCUUGAACGCCUUCAAAAUCCAGUCCCACCUUAUGUUCUACGACACCAAGCACAACACCCUCAAAACCGUCAUGUCCAACCUCCACAAGGCUUUUGCCGAGACGGCCGAGAAGAUGUGGGCGUACUGGCGCUGUCUGCCAACCAAUAAACGACCCGGUGACGGGCUCGUCGUGCAGACCUUGGCCAAAGUAAUCGACGUCGCUUACGGACUGCUCACGAGCAAGUCUCGGAGGGAAAAGUAUCCAGAGUAUGAUUGCGCCGUGGAGAAGACGCAGGUUGCGUGGCUCGCUCUCGAUGCAGUGAGGAUGAUUCUCGCAAAGAAACAGGCAAACUUUACGACGGUAUUGUCAUGGAUCGAUAAGGAGACAGGGCUUCUUGACGCCAAGAAGACGGCCCGGGCGAGGAAGGAGCGAUUCAAAACAGAGCUACGACAAAUGAUCCUCGGAGAGAUCAUGAACGACCAAGGAAGAUUCUUCCUGGAGAAACUCGCCGCAGCGUCCGAGUACCCAGAUUCCCUCCUCUGCCAAGACGAACGACGGGCGACGCUAAAGGCACGCAUCGAGCAUUAUGCCGAGAGGAAACAUCAAGUAUUUGACGAGGCCCAAGAGAAACGGAAGGAUAAUCCGUUGAUCGUCGUUGACUUUGGCACGGGAAAGUCUCGAUCUCCGGCGGCGGGGGGCGAUUUCGAUGUCGACGAGGUUGCCAACGAUAAAAACGGUAGGGACAAGGCCGACUUACACAUCAUACGCAACAUCGACGACUUACGAAACAAGCUGGCCUGGCCGGAUUGGAAGCAAGGCCCGUGGAGAUCUGAAUACCUUGAAAAAGACCCUCCGUUGCGAGUGAUCCUGCUAGAGCGCAUGUGGCCUACCUCGCUGCUACUGAACCUCAGAGAAGACGUGCUGUUGGAGAUCCUAACCUACCACCAGAUCCCGGCUCACUUCCUGACCUUCGUUACCAGCGGCGGUGACUCCUGGAGCUUCGCCAGUAGCAUGAGCUUCGCGGACGCGGAUCCCGCGAGAACACCGCGGUGGGAGACGCACUCCGCGGUCGUGUACGUCCAUUUUGACAUUAUCGAGGGCACGGCGGUGUGGUUGCUCGCAAGCCCCCGAUCGUAUCAUCCGGAAAGGGGUCACGGCACGCAGAACCUACUUUGGAACGCUUUGAAACACGACACGGCGAGUGACAUGAAUGCGCUUCAGUCGCUUGACGUCCCCGAGCGAUUCCGUAUCAGCGUUGACAGUCUCCUUGCGGCCGCCGAGUGGUCUAUCGGGAUGUUUUCGCAUCACGUCCAGGACACAGAGAAGAGGCUCCAUGAGUUGACCAAGCCUUACGUCUAUCCGUAUGACGAUGACGAGACGGUGGAUGACAAGGCAAGCGCAUCAAUCCACGCCCAGGACCUUCGUAGAAUGGCGUUCUUGAUGGAAACUCGGCAUGGCAGUGUCAUCAAAGUUGAGAAUAACCUUCGGGUUCUCCGCCGUCUCCGAGAGUUUUUCGUGGAAAAUGUGGCCGGGCAUCUCGGCCCUCUCAGAGAUUCCCACGCCAAUGACAUCCGGACGCACAUCAAAGGCUUUGCGGAGAAGUUGACAUUGGUAAUGGCAGAGAUCGAGGACUUGUUGGACAGGGCAUCAGCACUGGAUAAACUUGCGAGGAACAGAGAAGAAUACCAAAUGAAUACAAUCGCGGUGCUGACGGCGGAUGACUCGUCCGCGAUGAAGCAAUUGUCUUUCAUCGCCCUGAUAUUGUUACCAGUCACGGUCGUAUCGACGGUUCUCAGUACGGACAUUGUCAAGUUUCAGGACCUUUCGAACGAAAACGAGAAUGCCACCCGAGGCACGUCCGAAGGCCCCAUUCCGAUAUACAGUUUUUCGGUGGCGGCCUUUGGCACAUGGGCGGUCGCCAGCGUACUCAUGACUAUCGCGACUUUGGUCAUUGUCAAGCCGGCAGGGAACCGUAGGAGGCAAGGCAACGGCAGUGUAGACUAUGGGACGCACGAACCUCCCAUGGAGAAAACAAGGAGAUCUCGACUGAUAACGCGAUUGUCUCAUGCGUGGAACAUUCGAGACAGGUUCGACUCAGCCGUAGACUCUUCGUCCCGCAAUGCCAGACCCAGGCCACCGAGCCCGGCGACUUCGGCACUCGCGAUUUCGAUACACACGGCCCCGACGGUUGUCAAGAUGACAUCAAAGUCGCGAGGAACUCCGGCGGUGGAUAUGGACGCUCCCGUGUGUGCCGAGUCCUCUCAAACUUGGCCAUCGAUGGGGUACUGGCUGGGGGAUGCUUGGAACACAUUGUGGCGGUCUGCAAAGGAUAAGGUGAACAUGACGGAGAUGGCGACGACACCUCUACCACAAUGGGAUAGUCGAAGAGACGAGGGACGAGAAGAUGGGCAGAAAUCGCGGGGAGAGGGUUCGUGA